AAAGAAAAAGAAAAAAACAAAUAAAAGAAAAAGAAAAAAACAAAUAAAAGAAAAAGAAGACACUUCCUGUCUCCGACACUUCCUUCUUCGUCUUCUCCAACGACGCAGACGAGGUCUGAGUCAUCUCCAUUUCUGUCUCGGACACUUCCUCUGCGUCACAGCCUGAAAUCCGCCGUUCGUCGUCUCCAUCUCUGUGUCGCCGUUCGCCUACAGCUUAGCCUGCACUCCGCCGUUCGUCAUCUCCAUCUCUGUGUCGUCGACUCCGCCGUUCGCCUGGGUCACAUCUCUGCCAUCAAUUCCAAGUUAAUUGAAUCUGAAUGGCAUCAUCUUCGUGUAAUAGGAAGUAUCCUCCACGGCUUUAUGAGAGUGGUAAAACGCCUACUCAAAUAAGGAGCAUGAAUCACAGUUGUUUUCUAGGAAACCUUCAGACGGUGAGGGAGAAUAUCGGCGAAGAUGUUUGGUCUGAGUUGAGAGAAUCAGCUGUAGGCGUGAUUAUCAAGCUGAAGGAGUUGAAUUUCACUUGGUCUGCAAAGCAUGUUCAUUAUUUUCUGGUGAAUCAAUUGGCGAUUCAGAGCAGUCAUGAAGUUUGGUCUUUGAUAGAAGGCCAGUCAAUGAGGUUCUCUCUGUAUGAGUUUGAAGAUGUUACAGGGCUAAAUUGUGAUCCAUUUGACACGCAAGAACAGUGGGAUGUGCCUCAUGAAGAGUUCUGGUCAUGGAUGGUUCAGAGAAAAAAAAGUUCAGUUGAUGGUUUACCAAUCCAACGUGUGAUAAAAAAGGAGAAGAAAAAUACGAAGACGAUGCCAGUGAAGAAAAACGAAGUGCCACUGAAAAAGGUGAAGACAGAGAAACCCUUUGAGAUCCCACAGCUAAAUGACCAAUCCAUUUCCGCAGAGGGUUGGGAGAAUCAUCUAAAAUGGCAGAAAAGUGUUCAGUGUAGACAGGCUUUGGAAGCACUUGGUACAAGUUUGGAAGAGACUGCACUUGCUUUGAGUUUGGAGGAGCCUUCACGCAGAAGAAAAACCCAGCUGACAAAGACUCAAGUUUGGCCAUAUGUCGGGAACUCAACAGUGAAGCGUAUCAUAUUUACAACAUGUAAAGACGAGACUCCUGUCACUUGUGACUGAUCAAUGUCUAUUGCUUGAA